CAGGCAGUCCCAGCGUGAAAUCCUCCCGGAACAGCCAAAAUCCAGCUGCAGAGACGAGCAGCAGCCGCGCAGGAGAGCGCCAUGCAGCCCCGCGGGUCACUUCUCGGCACUUUCCUCACUUUCUGGGCCUUCCUCAAGGUGGAAGGUGAGCUCUGUGAAACAAACAUAUGCCUAAAUGGAGGAACCUGUUUUGUCAGUUCGAGUAAAGAGCCCUUCUGCAUCUGCCCUGAUGGCUUCACGGGCACAGACUGCAACAUGACGGAGAAAGGUCCCUGUCAACCAAAUCCUUGCCACAACAAUGGGGAGUGCCAGGAACUGUCCCAUACUCGCAGAGGAGAUACCUUUGCCCAAUAUUCCUGCAAAUGUCUUCCUGGCUACUUUGGAGAGAACUGUGAAAACAGUGAGAAUCAUUGUUCUUCAUAUCCUUGUAAAAAUGGAGGCGUCUGCCAAAAUCUUGUCAAUGAUUACAGCUGUAAAUGCGUAUCGCCAUUUAUUGGAAAAGGCUGCCAAAUUCGUUGUGCAAACCCUCUAGGAAUGGAAGGUGGCGCCAUAUCCGAUGCCCAGAUUACCUCUUCCUCCCUAUACCACGGUUUUCUUGGCCUACAGCGCUGGGGCCCUAACCUUGCCCGGUUGAACAAUAAAGGACUAGUUAAUGCAUGGACUGCAAGUAGCUAUGACAAGCACCCCUGGAUCCAGGUUAACCUGUUAAGACAGCUGAGGGUAUCUGGGAUCAUCACUCAAGGUGCCAGUCGCGUGGGUAAGGCAGAGUACCUCAAGGAAUUUAAGGUGGCAUACAGUGUGGAUGGACAUGACUUCACCUUUUACAAAGCUGAAGGACAGAACAAAGACAAGAUUUUCCAUGGAAACCUUGACAAUGAUGGCAGAAAGGCCAAUAUAUUCAGUCCCCCAAUCACAGCACAGUACGUCCGGGUCUACCCCGUGACCUGUCACAGAGCCUGCACCCUGCGUUUUGAACUUUUUGGCUGCGAAAUGAGUGUGUAUUUCAACAUGGUAGGUUGCUCAGACCCACUCGGAUUGAAAUCCCAUCUGAUUUCUGAUAAGCAAAUAACAGCAUCCAGUGUCUUCAAGACUUGGGGGAUUGAUGCGUUUACCUGGCACCCACACUAUGCCCGCCUGGACAAGAUUGGGAAAACCAAUGCCUGGACUGCUGCCGAGAAUAAUCAGUCAGAAUGGCUCCAGAUUGACCUUGGAGUUCCUAAGAAGAUCACAGGAAUUAUCACACAGGGCGCAAAAGACUUUGGAAAUAUUCAGUAUGUGGAAGCAUAUAAAAUAGCCUACAGUGACAAUGGCUCGACAUGGAUUGUAUAUCAGGACAGCAGGACCAAAACAGACAAGGUGUUUCUUGGGAACACUGACAACUACUCUCACAAAAGGAACCUCUUCAGUCCCCCCUUCUCAGCCCGCUACGUGCGUAUUCUUCCCCAGUCCUGGCAUGAGCGGAUCACGCUGCGGACAGAGCUUCUCGGGUGCAACAACUGAACAAGAGAGGAGUUGAUAACAGCAACGUUGUGCAGCAAGUUAUCGUUCAGUCGCCAUUUCCUCUGUAAUUGUCAGUGCAGGGGGGGAAGCUCCCCGGACUAUGGCCGGUUUGGAGCAGAUGCCAUAUAACACAACACACGAUCAGGCUGCUACUUUGGGACUUGUCACUACUUCAUUAAAUCCUAAUUCUGAAAUUAACCGCACCGACUAAUUAGAGGGCAACCUAAGUGUGAGAUAUUUGUCAGCGCUGUAAUAAGUGUUGUGUUUUGUGACCAGUUCAGUAUUUUAAAGUGCACUGUUAUGUACCACAAUGCUGCUCCUCCAGCCCCUGGUGCAACAGCAUUGGAAGUCUAAUGUCCAUGGUAUUUCAGUAUUUUACUUUUACUGUACCUUUUAUGUUGCGAGUUAAUACCCAGAAUUUAUGUUGGUUAUUCUUAUGUAAUUUUACUGGAUGUGACCUCUGUUACUAUAUAGAAUUUGUAAUUCUGAAUAAUUAGUCAGACAAACAUUGGCUCCUGUAAUCACCGACUGAAUGGUUUGUAGACCAGUGUAAGGCCUCAUGCACAUGUAUUAGGGUCCAUUCACACGUCCAUAGUGCAUUGCGGAUCUGCAAAUUGUGGAUCCAAAAUGCACCCCCAUAGAAAUGCCUAUUCUUGUCCGCAGUUGCGAA